CUAGACAUAUCAUAAUGUUCUCAAACAUCUUGGUUUCUUGAAUUCUUCGAACUUUUUUUUGUUUGUUUUGGCUUUUCUUUGAAGCUUUUCUCUUCUUGUAUAUGGCUGAUUCAGCAUAUGAUGAAGAGUGUGAUUACCUGUUUAAGGCUGUGCUGAUUGGUGAUUCUGCAGUUGGGAAAUCAAAUCUGCUCUCAAGGUUUGCCGCAGAUGAAUUUCGAUUGGAUUCCAAGCCAACUAUAGGGGUUGAAUUUGCUUACCGGAAUGUUAAGAUUGGUGACAAAAUCAUCAAGGCUCAAAUAUGGGACACUGCCGGCCAAGAAAGGUUUAGAGCAAUUACAAGUUCAUACUAUCGGGGAGCGCUGGGGGCAUUGUUGGUUUAUGACAUAACCCGGAGAACAACAUUUGCAAAUGUGAAGAAAUGGAUGCAUGAGCUCAGAGAAUAUGGUAAUUCCGAUAUGGUAGUUGUUCUUGUUGGGAAUAAAUCCGAUUUGGCUCAGUCCAGACAAGUUAGUGAGGAAGAAGGACGAAAUCUUGCAGAGUCAGAAGGUUUGUUUUUCAUGGAAACAUCUGCAUUGGAAAAUUUGAAUGUUGAGGAAGCAUUUUUACGUAUGAUCACAAAAAUUCACGAAAUCACAAGUAAAAAAUAUUUAGAUGCUAAAACAAAUGAAACAGCUAAUCUUCAUGGCGGAAAAGAAAUUAUCACUAUUGACGAAGUGACUGCAACUAAACACUCAAAUAAUUGUUGUUACAACUGAAUAAUCUUUAUUUUACGUGUAUUUUUAUGUAUCAUUAUUAUUUAUCUUAAAUUUGUGUUUUUUACCUUCAAAAUUUCCUUGCUUCCUCUUCAAUCUAUUGAAGUUGGAUUGUACCUGAAACUUGAAUGCGUCAGAAUUUGUUUAUCCAUAUGAUGAGUUGGGAAUCCAUAUUCUGGCUUUUAACAUUAUGUCAAUUUUAAAAAAUAUUGUAAUAAUUCCAUUGAUUAAUCACUCUACUGUUGUAGUAUUUUUUUUUUCUAACCAAGUUAAUUGUUUCAAUGUAAUAUCUAUCGUCAGGACAAAUAAACUGAUUUCUGUAUGAUACUUAGAUCAAUUUAUUGAAGUAUAGUUGUCCUCUAA